UUUUAAAAAGAGCCCUGAGCAGACGUACAAUAAAGAAAGACUAAAAGAGUGUGUGACAUGUAUUCUAACGGUGCAUUUCAUGAGGUUGAAAAGGAUGGCAAACUAUUACUGAUGUACCAUCACCCUAAGUAUUGUCCUAUACCACAAACACAGUCCCCAACCUUUUCCACUGACCUUCCUCUCCAACCUCUUUUCUUAUGCCCUCGAUUACGACGGCUGAAGUACAUGUCUUCUAGAAGUUCAGACACUUUUCCGCUUAGUUCUUCCCCAGAGUACGUCUUUCCUACAACAAGAAACUCUAAUGAUCAUCAUGUACUCCCUUUGUUUUGGUGCAACAAUAGAGAAUUUGAUGCCAAUGGUGGAUGCCACAUAUGCCAAGGCUCAAAUUUCGGCACAGACUAUUAUUUUUGUAACUACUGUAGCGUAAAAUUACACAAAGAAUGCGUUCAAUCUCCACCUAAAAUCAAACACCCUUUCCAUCCUGAGCAUUCUCUCCAACUUUUCUUUCAUGAUGAUAUGUCUCGCAAAAUUGAGUGUUUGUGUUGCGGAAGAAGAGCACAUUGGUUGGUUUAUCAUUGUACCAUAUGUCAGACUUUUAUGCAUCCAAUCUGUGCGAUGAACCCAAUCCCCUUUGUUAUAGACCCACCAAAAAAUCAUGUCCACUCUCUCACCUUUUUCCCUAAACAAACUUCCUUAACUUGUAACCUUUGUGGUAUCUUGAGAAAAAUUUAUCCCACCUACGUUUGUUUCAGAUGUAACUUUGUUGCUCAUAAUGAUUGUAUGAAUUACCCACACAUCAUCAAGAUAUCACGUCAUCGCCAUCGUAUCUCCUUCACUCUUUCCCUUCCAUCUAGAGAAUGGUUUUGUGGAGUUUGUCGUUCAAGUAUUAGCGCUGAUUAUGCUGCAUAUACUUGUGACACGUGUAGCGAUUAUGUUGUUCAUUCAAUAUGCGCUAUUGGGAAGGAUGUAUGGGAUGGAAAAGAACUCGAAGGUGUACCAGAAAUAUUGGAUAUAACACAAGAUGAUGGGCCGUUCGAGGUGAUAUCUGAAGGAGUGAUACUUUAUUUUCUUCAUGACCAUCAUCUCCGACUCGAGGUUAGCAAAUUUUAUGAUGAAAACAUGCUUUGUCAAGCGUGUGUCCUUCCUAUAUAUGAAGGUAACUUCUAUGUUUGUAUGGAGUGUGAGUUCAUCCUCCAUGAAACAUGUGCUAAAGCUCCUCGUAGAAUCCAGCAUGCGUUACAUCCUCAUCCACUUAUAUUGGAGGUCCCCAAGAGAUAUACUUACAAUAAUGUCCAUUACAACAUUGUCCAUUGCGACACUUGUGGUCGUCGUUCUCUUGGCUUUGCCUAUGGGUGUAGGAUAGGGGUAUGUGACUUCAAGCUAGAUGUAAGGUGUGCUUCAAUUUCUGAGCCGUUUUAUUACGAAGGUCAUGAACAUCCCGUGUUCCUAGCUUUAGGCGCAGGAAUAAAACUCAUAUGUCACGUAUGCAAAAUAAAAUGUCUAAAACCAUUAAAUUGCAUCAAAUGCAAUUUUAUUAUGUUUCAAGUGCGCAACCUUGCCAUACAAAGCAAGGUAUAAGCAUAACACACACUUUCUUACAAUUGCAUGUGGUGAAGAAGUAAGUGAGAAAGAAUGGUGUGAAGUAUGCGAACGUAAUUUAAAAGAUACUUGCACAAAA